GUGGGUAUUGUCAAUGUAAAUCAACAUGGCGGAUGUCAACAAAAGUUUGAUGUUUUGAUUACAUUUCGAUAUACCAUAAGAUGAGUAUUCGCUAACCGACAAUUAUCAAAGAUGUCUAGAGGUGGCUCUGCGGCCAGUUUUGCCAGCCAGUCCCAGUAUUCUGAGUCUACAGUGCUAAACCAGGAUCUGGGGGAACCUGACCUCUUUGUGCCAGAACACUCGGGCUUUAUUAAGGCUCCAUACCCCACCAAGGCAGUGCAUUUCUCUGGGAAUGUCUCUGAAAAGUCUAGAGCAGUGACUGUGGAAGAGAUGAAGAUACGGCAUAGAAAUGGUGACCCACAAAGCAAGGCGGAGAUGCUGAUGGCACGCCUCAUUGAUCGUCCUGCCAACUCCCAGGUGUUACGCAUGGUGAAUUCAAACGCCCAGCGUAACCAGCCGAAAAUCGGAUCAGAGGUCAACGGACAAAAGGAAAGCCUUAGCCAGCCGAGCACUCCGUCUCCAAAUAAGACCAUACUGGCUCCCCGUCCCCCUACUGGAGUCUCUUUGCCGGCAGUGGGAACCAGCUUCCGUACCACAAUGUUCAAACGGGACUACCAGCGACGACAGAACAUCAUCAAAGCCAAACAACAUAAGGACUUGGAGGAGACACCACUUCUUUCGGUUGAAAAGCUUCACAGACCAAGGCCCGUAGAGCGUGCCCAGUCCACAGUGUCUGAGCCCGAGUCUUUGUCAGAGGUCCAGGAGGACGAGGUGCUGGCGGAGCUCGAGGGGCUGAUGGGGCCAGACAUGGACCAGGACGUGAGACCAGAUCUUCAGAGUAUCAGCCCGACCCCUCUUGAUGAUGGCCAGAGUCAGCUGUCCCCUCCUCCGCUAGGGGAGCGCACUGUGUCUUUCAGCAAGCCCCCUGUCCGUACCCCCUCCACAGCUCUCCCCGUCUCUUCCGAAAUACCAACCACGCAACUCGACGGUCCAGAACUCUCCAAAAUGACGGAAGAAGACAUAAUGCGUAUGUCUGGGGAGAUCCCAAUUAUUGCCAAACGAGAACGACCUUCGUCAGGGGUCAGACCUGGGUCGGGUCAAAGGCCAGGGUCAGGUUCAAGGUCAAAAUCUGUGUCAACGAAGAAGGAUGCCUCUAAAAUUCUAUCUUACAUGAAAAAGAAUGUGUAUGAUGACUCAGCUCCGGAGAAUGAUGACGUCAUGUUUCAUAUUCACACCUUCCGGGAGAAGCUGGGAUGGAAGACGGAAAUAGCGCGGCACGCUCCAGGCUGCAAGGAAGCCAUGGAGAAACUGAAAAACAUUCCUGAUGAUGAAAAAGAAGCCAGUAAAAUGAAACAUGAUGAUGGUGACUUUGUGUAUUGUUUGCCAAGAAACCGCCACGAUAAGCGGGGUCGUUAUGACCCCUAUGACCUUCAAGUCGUGUCCCCUAAUGAGUCACGGUCACAGAAAGUCUACUGGACUGUCAGUGCAUCAUUUGUCACAAGGGUUGUACAGGACAGCACAGACGUGGAAGGUGAGUCAUUCAACACGCCGAUACUCUGGUGGCUGUGGGAACGGCGGCUCUUCUACUUCAUUAACUCUCUCCCUGUGUUUGUGAAGUUCCGUAAGUGGAAGACGUUUAAGAUGUGGAAGAAGGCCAUACGACUCCAGAAGAGCAGCCAGAGCCAGACCAAGCUGUAUAAGAGCCUUUUUGUUGCGAAUGAGGUGCUACAGGGCUGUUUGAUCCACAUUCGUAGCCUGUGUGAGGCGGCAUCAGGAAGUCUCACAGGCCUCGGGAAGGGAGACAGUGCCAUCUGCCUGAUAAAGCUCGACAAGUCUGCGACCUUGACUUUGGACGAGUUCAAGGGCGUCCAGCAAGAGCAGACCGACAUGUCCUGGAAACAGCUGAGCGCACUGCGUGACAAGAUCAUUGAAAUUGCAUGGGAGUCUUGUGCAACUGUUGCGGAGAUGGAAGGGAUCACCCAUGGUAUCCGGCCAGGCAGCCCGCGCAAGGUGAAGAUCAAGGUCCCCCAGACUGACGGGCCUGCUGACCUGUCCAACAAGGCCCUUCGUAUCCAGGCCAAGUACGGAGUGAAACCACUCGCCAAGAAAAAGGAGGAUGAAAACAAAAGUGACAAGCCAACCUAUGCGCAGAUUGCUGACUGGCGUAAGAUUCUGCAGCGGCUGGCCUCGUUUUUAUGCUCCAUUGACUACCUGGUGCUCGAGAUGUUGAGGAGGCUGGUUGUCACCGCUACACGCCACCUACUGGACCAUCUUGUAGCCUCGUACAAUGUGACACAGGAAGAGGAGGAAAAGUAUAUGAGAAUUAUGAGGAACAAGACUAAGUAUCAGGAACAGCAAGAAGACUUGGAGUCACUGGCAGAUUCUGACGAUUCAAUGACCACGGGAACUACCAUAAGGUCAAGACCUCUGUCGCGUACAAGUUCCUCCACAUCUCGGGUUCCCCUGAAGAGUCAGAAUGUGACCCAGUCUGGAUACGUGAUCCCUCAGUUUGACUUUGAGCAGCACGAAAUUUACGAGGGGCCACCAGAUGUUGACGAGGUGCUGGAGCAGAUACGUCAGCAGGACGUGGUAGAGGAGUUCUCUGCUCCUGUCUUCAGUCUGCAGCUCGUGUUGACCGUGCCGCAACACGCUCGGGACCCGCACACAGCGCACCGCACAGACCUCAUGCAGACCCCGUCAGCCCAGAACCCUUACCUCAAACAGGCUUUCAUGGAGGGCAAUGCCAGCAAAAAGACUGUCAAGUUUGAGGCAGAGACGUCUGAGUCUGAAUAUGAGUCUGAGUACAGCGGUGAGUCUGAGGGUGAGGACAUGUCACAGUCUGAAGAGGAGCGCGGCACUGAUGAGGACCUCGCUUACCCAGAGGAUAAACGAAAGGUUCAGGGCAAGACGGUGGUCAGCCUCUCCCCCAAUGAGCAUGAGGUCAAAAUGGGCAUCAAACAGAUCAUCGGCAUGUUUGAGGGAACCAUAGCUAAAUUUACCUCCAUGACCCGAGAGCCCAAACUCGCUGUGUUUUGUCGUCCGCCAAUAUUUGACCUGAAACUCAACUAUGAUGAGGAGGAGGAAGAAGACAGGAAGGAAUUGAUACGACCUUGGCCUGACCUUGACUUUGUGUUCUCUGAUGACCCAGAUUAUCAGGCAUUGUUGGCGGAAAUCAACACUUACGUUACCAUGUUUAUAGAGCUUGUUAAGCAGUAUGCCUCGAACUUUGAGACUUUCUGUGUGAUGGUAGACAAGUGUCUGCGUUUGAACAUUGAGGAAUCGAUGGCGCGCCGUCAGUGGUCCACUGACGAGUUCAGCACUGUCCUCUCCUCUCACACAGAUAUGAUUCGCAACAUGAAGCAGAUGACUAUCCUUCGUCGUGUUGCAAUGAUUCACGUUUACAGCAAGAACUUCCGCGACACUUGCCUCCCCUUUCCCGUGAACAUAGUGGCUAAAGUGAACAAGGCUUUGCCUCUCAUUGCAAUCAAGAGGAACGAAGAUCUGCUGACCAUCAUCAAGGGUGCUUCAAAGAAACUGGAUAACUACCCGAAGUCCGUGGAAGAGUUUGUAGAGCAUCUUUCGUUCCUUGGGAAGAUGUCAUCAGAGUUGCCCGCCCUUGAACGUGAGUUUGAAAUUGUUAACAAGCUGUUUACGAUCGCCCGCAGCUACAACGUGCAGAUUACGGACGAGGAGUUGGCUCUGUACCAGACGCUUGGUCCAGACUUCAUCACCCUGAAGAACAUCAUCCUGUACGCCGAUGCCAAGAAGGACGAGAACAUUCGCAAGUUCAGCCAGGACCUUGACAUGCUCAUCUACAAGAUCAGAAACAAACUCAUGGAUCUCAAAAACAAGGUUCGAGACCCAGACCUGCUGCACACAGACACCAAUGCUAUGGGCGCCCUGGAGACCAUCAAGUUCCUGCAGGAGGAGGUGCAGGCGCUGUCCGUGAAGGCGCGGAGCUACGCCAGCUACCAGGAGCGCUUUGGCAGCUCCCUGUCUCACUCCAAGAGCAGGCUUAUAGGAGAGGAGUUCAUGUACAUGAACAUGACAAAGAGAGAUGACUUCAGUGCCCAGGAUAUUCAAGCGGACCUAUCAGAAGUGGAGCGAGACCUGACUCUGCGCAGGCUGCUGUGGCAGUCCCAGGAGGAGUACAAGCUUGUAGAGGAAUGGACUGCCACCUCGUUUGAUGCACUGCCUGUGGAGACACUGCAGAAGAACGUGAACAGAUACUCACAGACUCUGUUCAUGCUUGAGAAGGGUCUUCCCCACAAUGAGGUGGUUCCGCGGCUCAAGGAGAAGGUGAUGGCGUUCAAGGUUGGCAUGCCAGUGAUCACCAGCCUGCGCAACCAGUUCCUGCGACCCCGACACUGGCAACAAAUUGAGAGGCUAAUCGGGAAAACAAUCGGCAAGGAUAAGUCCUUCACCCUGGGCAGCCUGAUCGAAAUGAAUAUCUUCAAGCACAAGGAGAAGAUUCAGGACAUCUCAACAACUGCCAGCAACGAAGCCACACUGGAGAACAUGCUGCAGAAGAUUGUGGACCUAUGGAAGAACACAGAUUUCCGCUACCUGGCCCACCCAGGUCGAGAUACAUUCAUUAUUGCCGGAGCAGACGACAUCAUGGUUCAGCUGGAGGAGAGCCAGGUUACCAUAGGAACCAUCCGGGGUUCCAGAUAUGUGGGACCCAUCAAGGCCACAGUGGAGGAGUGGGAGAGGAAGCUGAACAUCUUUGCUAAGACCCUGGAGGAGUGGAUGGCCUGUCAGAGGAACUGGCUCUACCUCGAACAGAUCUUCUCUACACCCGACAUACAGAAGCAGUUGAAGCCGGAGUACCAGCUGUUUACCCAGGUGGACAAGGCAUGGAAGGACAUCAUGCGUCAGGUCCAGGACCGGCCCAAUGCCAUGAAGUGUGCCACCCAGACUGGCAUGCUUGAGACGCUACAGGGGUGUAACACCUCGCUGGAGAAGAUACAGAAGUGCCUCGAGGAAUACCUGGACUCAAAGCGCCUGUCCUUCCCCCGCUUCUACUUCCUGUCAAACGAUGAACUUCUAGAAAUCCUUGGUCAGUCCAAGGAGCCCAACGCUGUCCAGCCCCACCUGGGCAAAUGUUUUGGCAACAUUAAGUCCCUGGAGAUCAAGAGCAUUCCACGUCACCCACCGGCCGUGCACUCGAUGACCUCUGCGGAGGGAGAGGUGGUACAGAUGACUCGGAGCGUGCGUGCCAAGGGCGCCGUUGAGAUGUGGCUUAGCAAUGUUGAGGCGCACAUGUUCGAGACUGUCAAACGUCACCUUAAGCUUGGUUUGGCUGACUGGUUGGGGAUUUCUCUGACAGAGUGGGUGUUGAAACACCCUGGACAAGUUGUCCUUACAGUGGCUCAGAUCAUGUUCAACAAGGACGUGUUGCGAUGCUUUGACACACCUGACCCUCGUAAGGCGCUCAUCUCGGUGCUAGAGAAGAUGAUUGGGUCACUUGGUCAGUUGGCCGGACUGGUGUCGACCUACCUGCAGCCCCACCAGACCAUGUGUAUCGAGGCACUGUUGACCAUCGACGUGCAUAGUCGGGAUAUCAUCUCCGGCAUGAUCAGUGAACAAGUGACGCUUAGAGACGACUUUGAGUGGACCAAACAACUGCGUUAUGAGUGGGAUGAGAUGACCAACAACUGCCAGGUGUACCAGAGCAAUGCCUCGUUCCAGUACGGGUACGAGUACCUGGGCUGCUCGUCACGUCUCGUCAUCACCCCCCUCACGGAUCGCUGCUACCUCACACUGACCGGUGCCCUGCAUCUGCACUUAGGUGGGUCACCUGCAGGGCCCGCAGGAACCGGCAAGACUGAGACUGUCAAGGAUCUUGCCAAGGCGAUGGGCAAGCAGUGUGUGGUGUUCAACUGUUCGGAGGGUCUGGACUACAAGAUGCUUGGCAAGUUCUUCUCUGGUCUCUCCCAGUCAGGAUCUUGGUGCUGCUUUGAUGAGUUUAAUAGAAUUGACCUGGAGGUGCUGUCAGUGGUGGCCCAGCAGAUUCUGACCAUCAAGACAGCUAAGGACGCGGGGGCUCUGCGGUUUGUGUUUGAAGGAAAGGAGAUCAAACUGAACCCAACCUGUGGAUACUUUAUAACCAUGAAUCCCACGUACGCUGGACGUGUGGAGCUCCCAGACAAUCUCAAGUCUCUGUUCCGGCCGGUCGCCAUGAUGGUGCCGGACUACUCACAGAUUGCAGAGAUCAUGCUCUUCUCUGAAGGCUUUCAGGAUGCGAAGUCGCUGUCGGGUAAGAUUGUGAAUCUGUACCAGCUGGCAAGUCGUCAGCUCUCCCAGCAGGACCACUAUGACUUCGGGAUGCGCGCCAUCAAGUCGGUCCUUGUAAUGGCAGGGCAUGGCCGCCUCCAGGCUCAGCAGAAGGCGGACAUGAUGAGCAUCAAGAUGACGGAGAAGGAGGAGGCAUAUAUCCUGAUUCACUCGCUCAGAGACGCCAACCUGCCCAAGUUUCUUGCAGAGGAUGUGCCACUGUUUGACAACAUUCUUGCUGACCUCUUUCCUGGAGUUACUCCCCCUGAACCCGAUCAUGGCAUCUUGGAGAAAGCCAUCUCAAUGUCGACGCGUGACCAGGGACUGCAGGUGUGGCCUAACCAGACUGAGAAAGUGAAGCAGUUUUACAACCAGAUCCUGGUCCGUCAUGGAGUCAUGUUGGUGGGGCCCACAGGAGGGGGCAAGACCACGGUGAGAUCCAUCCUGCAGAAGGCCCUCGUACUGUUGCCCACGAUACAGCCACAGGAGGAGAGUGCUGACGGCAAGAGAGGGGUCGCCUAUGUGCACAACCGAACCAAGAAAGGUCAUUGCGACAUUUUCACAGUGAACCCGAAGUGUGUAAAGCUGGGAGAACUGUACGGUGAGACGGACCCCAACACGUUCGACUGGACAGACGGCCUUAUAGCCAUGUGCGUGCGCAAGUUCACCAAGGAGCUCAUGAAGAUUGACGUACCUGGAGACGGUAGGCCUGGAACUGGAAUGUCAACUGUGACCGACAUGACGCGGCUACGGCCAGUUUUGACCAAUAUGGCCAAGAAAACAGUUACAAUUUGGAAUCCAGCAACAGGUACAAUCAGUGAGGUGGGAACAGACAUGGAUGGGAACCUAGAGAAGGACCACGCUGGUGGGGUGCUGACUGACUGGCGCUGGCUGGUACUUGACGGACCAGUGGAUACACUUUGGGUGGAGAACCUGAACACUGUGCUGGAUGACUCCAAGGUACUGUGUCUACCCAGUGGAGAGAGGAUCAGUCUUGCACCAGGCAUGAGGCUGAUAUUUGAGGUGGAUAACCUGUCCCAGGCCAGCCCAGCCACCGUCAGCCGAUGUGCCAUGGUCUACAUGGACCCUGUAGACCUGGGCUGGAAACCAUUCGUUAAGACGUGGAUCCAGCGCCUGCCGCGAGAAAUGCCUGACAGUGGAAAGCGCCACCUUCAGGCCCUGUUUGACUACAGCAUCGACAAGGGGCUGCGCUUCUUCAAGAAGCACCAGAAGUUCCAGUGUGUGCCCGCACCUGAGAUGAGUCUGAUUUCGUGUCUGUGUCACAUCCUGUCAGCAUUCCUGGAUUUCAUGAGCAAAAAUGGCGGUUUCGGAAGUCUAGAUAAAGAAGAAACUCAUACAGAUUCCUCUGAUCAACGGAACGAGAGUCGUGCCUCUAGCAAGAACUCUGGCCGGACUUCAAGGUCAAAAGGUCGUCGACGAGUGGGAAAACGAGCAGCCAAGGUCAAAGAGGACAUGGAUCCCAUUGCAGAGCAGGUGCAACAUACUUCAAAGACUUCUGGAUCUACAAACCUGCGUCAGUACUACAUGCAGAAGAAUCCUGGUCAGUUGACUAACCUGCUUGGAAAGCUGUUUGUGUUUGCGUACACAUGGAGCGUGGGAGGGAACUUCAAGCGCCAGGAGGACAUGGAUGAGGAUGAUAUGGGGUCACAGCAGAGGGGGCGGGGUCAGGAGAAGGUCGACAAGGAGGUCAACAUCUGUAACGAGUUUGACAACUUCAUGCGAGAGCUGUUUGAGGUUGAACCUCCUUUGGGUGUGAGGCUUCCCACUGGUAACAGGACCAUCUACAGCUACUUUAUUGACAUGGAGUCGGGCACUUUUGUACCGUGGGAUGCCCUUGUGCCUUCAACAAAGUCACUGAUUGAGAAAGGAGCCAUCAUAACCAUAGGUGAGACAUUGGGUGUGUCGAUGGACCAGAAAAAGGGAGGGGGAGAUGACUCUGACAUUGUGCCCACCGUGGACGUGAUUCGCUUCUCCUUCCUCUCCAGCCUGCUCAUGCUCAACAAGCACCCGGUCCUUAUCACUGGGGAGUCUGGUGUGGGCAAGUCGGCAGUUAUCAACUACACACUGAAGCGCCUCUGCAAGGAGGGCGGGACUGCAAUAAAGCAGGGCACAAUCCUGGGCAGCAUCUUCAACUACUCUGACAAGGGAGCAUCACUCCUGGAGAACAUCAGCUCCCUCACAAAGUGGGGACAGGAAGAGGAGGAUAGAGGUGGCAUGGACGUAUUGCUGGGGACCAAGCCACGGGCCACCACGGGCGUGAUCAGUUCCAUGAUUCAGUUCUCUGCCCAGACCACGUCUGCCCGUCUGCAGGCACAGAUCAAGCACAACCUGAUUCAGAAAGGGCGGAAUACCCUUGGGGCUCCAAAGGGGAGAAAGGUGCUGCUGUUCGUAGACGACCUCAACAUGCCUGCCCCCGAGGAGUACGGGGCCCAACCACCCCUGGAACUCCUCCGACAGUUCCUGGAACUCAGUGGCUUCUACCAUACUGAGAAAAAUGCCUGGAAGGACAUCAUGGAUGUGACCGUGGUUGCAGCAUGUGGUCCCCCGGGGGGAGGCAGAAACCCUGUCAGUCCCAGACUGCUCAAGAACUUCUGCAUGCUGGCAUUCCCCCAGCCGUCCACACGCUCCCUGCAGCACAUCUACCAGGUUCAGCUGGGGAGAUUCCUACAGGACGGGGACUUCAGUACGGAGGUCCAGGAGUGCCUGUCACCCCUCGUUAAUGUCUCUAUAUCCCUGUACUACUGCAUGUGUCGUAACAUGCUCCCCACCCCUGCCAAGUCUCACUACACAUUCAACGUGAGGGACCUUACCAAGGUGAUUCAGGGCAUGCUACAGGCUCACAACUCAGUGGUCGUGAGUAGAGACAAUGCGGCACAGCUGUUUGCUCACGAGGCCACUCGUGUAUUCCAUGACAGGCUGAUCUCCCUGGAGGACAGGACCGUUUUCUACCAGUACUUGUCUGAUAACCUGCAUGAUUACUUCAAGGUGAAAUGGUCUGCAGAGCAGCUAAUGGAUGAGCACAUGAUCUUUGGUGACUUCUUUGACAUCGACGACCAAUCCCAGGGCCGCGUGUAUCGACCAAUCACCGACCAGAACAAAAUACGCCAGGUUCUGGAGGAGUUUUACAUGCGAAUGAAUUUUGGAAACACCAAGGCUUCCCAGAUGGUGUUUUUCCGAGAUGCCAUUGAUCACAUUUGCCGUGCUGCAAGAAUCUUCAGCCAGCCAGGGGGACACAUGCUUCUUGUUGGUCUUGAUGGCUGUGGUAAGUCCACUGUGGCUCAUCUGGCAAGCUUCAUAGCGGGGUGUGAGCUAUUCAAGCUCACCCUGCAGAGAGGCUACAGUACACUAGAGUUCAGAGACGACCUUAAGAAAGUCUUCCUGCAGACAGGGGUCAAGGGGGAAAAGAUGAUAUUCCUGCUUACAGACUCCGACAUUGUCAAGGAAAGUUUCUUGGAGGACAUUAACUGCAUCCUCAAUUCCGGUGAGGUACCGGACCUGUUUGAUCAUGAGGAGAUUGACGGUAUCACAAUGGACCUGAAACAGGCAGCGACGCAGGCUGACGUCCAGGACACGCGCGGGGCCGUGUACAACUACUUCAUCCAGCGUGUGAGACAGAACCUCCAUGUGGUGCUGGCACUGAGUCCGGCAGGGGGCCGGUUCCGGCAGAGGUGCCGCAUGAACCCAGCGCUGAUCAACUGCUGCACCAUUGACUGGUACAAUGAGUGGGAUGAGGAGGCCAUGUUGAGUGUGGCCGACGUGUUCUUUGAGAAUAUAGAGUUCAUUGCAGAGAAAGAUAUUGAUAUUGAGGCUCUGAAGAAGAAGGUUGGUGCCAUGUGUGUGGACAUCCACAAGCUGAUCGGCACAAUGGCUGAACGUUACUGGCACGAGAUGCGCCGCCACUACUACUCCACGCCCAGCAGUUACAUGGAACUCAUACGUCUCUACUCCAAACUGCUCAAGGAGAACAAGAAUGAGUUCAUGCAGAACAAGGAGCGUCUAAUGAACGGCUUGUUCAAGCUGUCAGAGGCCAACUCUCUCGUGGGUACGAUGCAGCAAGAGUUGGUGGAGCUUGGCCCAGCCAUUGUGCAGAAACAGAAGGACACUGAGGUGUUACUGGAGCAGUUGGAGAAGGACCGUGAGGCUGUGAACGAGGUGCGAACUAUCGUGGAGCAUGAGGAGAACAUCAUGAAGAAGGAGACAAAGAUUGUACAGGACUAUGCAGACGAAUGUCAGCAGGACCUGGCGUCCGUGCUCCCUGCCCUGAAGAAGGCUAUAGCCUCCCUUGAGACACUUGACAAAGCCUCAAUCUCGGAAAUUCGAGUUUACACGAAUCCCCCAUACCUGGUGCUCACUGUGCUGAAUGCCGUCUGCGUGCUGUUCCAGAAGAAACCGGAUUGGGCCACUGCAAAAAUGAUGCUUGGAGAUCCAAACUUCCUGAAGAAGUUACUGCAGUUUGACAAGAACAGUUUGCCUGAUAAGGCUUUCCACAAGCUUCGUAAGUACACCCGCAACCCCGACUUCAACCCUGAGGCGGUGGGGCGUGUGUCAGUGGCGUGUCGCUCCAUCUGUGAAUGGGUACUCGCACUGGAGAACUACAACGACGUACACAAGAUGGUGAAGCCUAAACAGCGGCGGGUGGAGGAGGCCAAGGAGGCUCUUAAACUGGCACAGAACAGUCUGGCUCAAAAACAGACCAGUCUCAGCAAGAUUCAGGGACAUCUGAACACCCUGACAGAGAAGUAUGAGGAGAGUGUGAGUCAGCGAGAGCGUCUCAAGGAACACCAGCGCACCACCGAGCUCAGGCUAAAACGGGCAGGAAUACUUAUUGGGGCCCUUGCUGAUGAAAAGGUACGGUGGGCAGAGUCAGUGAAUGAAUUAGACCUGAAGCUGAGCGGUGUGGUUGGGGACACGUUGAUAGCCGCUGCCAGUGUCUGCUAUAUCGGUCCAUUCACGUCCAAAUAUCGUCGCCAGCUGGUGAACGAGUGGGUGGGGAAGUGUAAGGAAUGCGACAUCCCCAUCACCAAGGACUAUAAUCUGAUCGGGAAUACAGUUCUAGCUCACCAGGUGCUGAUCUGGCAGAACGAAGGUCUGCCCCUAGACACCCACUCCACGGCAAACGCCAUCAUGGUGAAGAAGGGCAACAAGUGGCCCCUACUCAUUGACCCUCAGGGUCAGGCGGCUAGCUGGAUACAGCAGAUGGAAGGGUCAAAGUUGAAGGUUGUCAUGGCCAGCGACCCCAACCUCAUGCGAACCCUGGAGUCAUCAAUACGGGUCGGGGAGGCAAUGCUACUCAGGGACGUGACAGAGAUUCUCGACCCUGCUCUGCGGCCGGUGUUGAUGCACGAGACAUUCCGUAGAGGUGGGCUGCUGGUCAUCAAGCUGGGGGAUACAGAGAUCGAGUACAACCAGAACUUCAGAUUAUACAUGACGACAUCAAUGUCCAACCCACACUUCCUGCCAGCAGUCUACAUCCAGGUCAACAUCAUCAACUUCACGGUGACCUUCGAGGGCCUGCAGGAGCAGCUCCUCUCUGCAGUUGUCAAACAGGAGCGUCCCCAACUGGAGGCCCAGAGGUCGGAGCUCCUGGAGAGCAUCACCAAUGACCUUCAGUUCCUCCGUGACCUUGAGGACAAGUCCCUUGGCCUGCUGCAGAGCUCUGAGGGUCACAUUCUCGAUGACCAGGACCUCGUGGACACCCUGCAGCAGAGCAAGGGCAUGGCGGGUGAGAUCUAUGACAGAAUCAAGCAAUCUGAGGACACAGAGAAACGGCUCAACCUCGCUAGGAAGAAAUACCUGCCAGUCGCUACCCGAGGCUCGACACUUUAUUUCGUACUCGCCGACCUGUCAGGCAUAGACGUGAUGUACCAGUUCUCCCUGGACUGGUUCCAGGACAUGUUCAUUGCGGCCAUAUCUGGUCAGAUGUCCGUGAAGGAGCAGGCUAAGCGGCGCACCUCCCUCGGUGCUGGAAUCCAGGUCGGCACGCCACGGCGUCACUCCACGGCCCGGUUGCCAGGGGCAACCACUGGGGAGGAGACCCGGCCAAGGUCACCUGAAAACCCACUGGAACUCAAGAAACACAUGCUGGAAAUGAUCAACAGACUCACCUUCAGUAUUUACCGGGUGGUGUCGGUGGCGCUGUUCUCACGACAUCAGCUGACCUUCAGCACCCUGUUGGCUACCAGCAUCAUGCGGUCAAAUGACAAGUUUGAGGACAUUGCAGGUGUGGGUUGUAUCCCACAGUUUGAGUGGCAGACGUUCCUACAGGGCAACAUCCUGGCCGGCAUGAUGGAUGAGAAGACCAGGAACGAACAUGACGGUUUGAGCCCCAUGGAGCGACUCGAGUCUCAGGCCCAGAGUGGAGACCCGAGCUCCAAGAAGCACAAGCGCCCGCCGCGCUGGGUGUCAGAGGCCAUGUGGGCGCAGUGCCAGCACCUGGAGGCCAGCUUCACUACCUUCAACAAACUGUGUAGGAGCAUCAUGAGCUUCUACGGCCAAUGGAAGAUGUUUGAGACAGCCCCUGACCCCUACCAGCUCAUGGGUGCAGAGUUCGACCCAACAAUGGUCUCUUACGAUGAUGCAGAGAAAGAAGCUGGUAAAUCCUCAGAGGCAGGUAUCAUGUUUCCGUGGGAGGACUUGACGCUCUUCCAGCGUCUGAUCCUGAUCAAGAUCCUGCGUCCGGAUGUGCUGACGGCCUCGUGUAGCCAGUUUGUGCGCGAAAGCAUCGGCCAUCGCUACCUAUCUGCGGGAUCAUUUGACCUGAAGGAGAUUUAUGAGGAGUCCACAGCUAAGACGCCCCUUAUUUUCAUCUUGUCACCAAGCUGUGACCCGGGUGCCCAGCUGCUGAGGUUUGCCAAGGAACUGCGGGGCUCCGCUCUCCACCUGGAUAUGAUCUCCCUGGGGAGGGGCCAGGGGCCCAAGGCUGAGGAGCUGAUAGCCAAGGCACAGAUCCUGAAGGGCAGAUGGGUGUUCCUCCAGAACUGCCACCUCGCCAGCUCCUGGAUGCCCAAACUGCAAACACUUGUAGAAAAUUUCAACAGGCCCGGUAAUGAGGAGAUUGACCCCCAGUUCCGGUUGUGGUUGAGCUCCAAGCCGGAUCCCAGCUUCCCUAUCUCCAUCCUGCAGACUGGCAUGAAGAUGACAGUUGAGCCUCCCCAGGGCCUCAAGGCCAACAUGUUGCGUGCCUUUGGUAGCGGGGGCACUGGAGUUAUCUCUGAACGGAUGUUUGAAGACGCCAACAAGGGGGUCGCAUGGCGUAAGCUCCUGUUUGGACUCUGUCUCUUCAACAGCGUGAUCCACGAGCGGAAGAAGUACGGGGCACUGGGCUGGAACAUUGCUUAUGAGUUCAACGAUUCAGAUCUUGAGGUGUCGAUCCUCCAGCUGGAGAUGCUGCUGUCAGAGCACAAGACGAUCCCGUGGGAGGCGCUGUCCUACCUGAUAGGCGGGGUCACAUACGGGGGUAGGGUCACAGACGAGUGGGACUACAGGUGUCUGCACGCCCUCCUUGGGCGCUUCUUCUGUCCAGAGUCCCUCCAGCCCCACUACAGCUACUCACCAAACAAGAUAUACCAGCCAGUGCGAGACGGCAUGAAGUUUACUGAUGUGGUGACCUACAUUGAGUCCCUGCCAGCGGACAACUCAGCUGACAUCUUCGGUAUGACAACCAAUGCGGAGAAGGCAUGUAGAGAGAUACAAGCCAACGACCUGAUGACCACCAUCAUCAGUGUGCAGCCACGCCUUUCUAUGGGAUUCAUGGGGACUGCUAAGAGCAGUGAUGAGAUUGUGGGCACCAUGGCUGCUGACAUCCUGCAGCGUCUGCCAGAGACCGUAGAGGAGGUUGCAGAGGGUGAUGUGAGGUCGAGCACGUCCUCCACCCUCUUCCAGAUACAUAUCAAACACAUCCUGAACCGAGAGUUACCUGACUUGCGGGACUUUGAGAAGAACAAAUUGCUGUCAGCAGCGGUAGAUUCAGUUAUGGGUAACUCCGCGCUAGUGACAGUACUACGCCAGGAGAUGGACCGCUACAACACGCUCCUGCACGUCAUCCACACCAUGAUGCGCUCGCUCAUCCUCGCCAUCAAGGGGGAGGUCAUCAUGUCCGAGCCCCUUGAGGAGGCGUAUAACGCACUUCUCACGCAGAAAGUGCCCCUCAAGUGGAAGUCGGUGUCCUACGAGUCCUGCAAGCCCCUGGGCUCCUGGGUGGAGAACCUGCACAUGAGAGUGGACUUCUUCGCGCAGUGGGCGGAGCUACUGCUGUCCAGCGUGGAGAGGCUGAUGAAGCCUGCUUUAGGGGCCAAGGGUGGCCCCGUAGGGGAGCUUGACCCACAGGAAGUGCCCUGCAGUCUGCCACACAGCUACUGGCUCUCUGGCUUCUUCUUCCCACAAGGUUUUUUGACUGGGGUGUUACAGAACCAUGCUCGUAAGAUGGGUAUCUCUGUGGACUCCCUACAGUUCCAGUUCAGGGUGCUGAAGAAGGCGUCAGACAAUGAUGACACCCUCAGUGAUCUCAAACAGAACUUCAAUAUCAAGGAGACGGCUUUCCAGGGACCCACUCCGCCCAGUGACGGUGUGCUAAUAUUUGGGCUCUACAUCGACGGUGCACGCUGGGAUACACAAAACAACUGCGUACAGGACUCAUUACCAGGACAACGGUUCGCCCGUCUGCCAGAGAUCCACUUCCUGCCAGUGCAGAAGCAGGUGAGCCGAGCAGACGACAGCUCCAGUCUCCAUUCAGUGACCAAAUCCCCAGACAACGAACCCAAAUCUGACCUUUCCCCUGAAGAACCUAACCUGCCCCUUCAUGUGUACGAGUGUCCCCUAUACCGAACCUCGGAAAGGGCCGGAACCCUGUCUUCUACCGGACACUCCACCAACUUUGUCACUGCCGUGCAACUGCCGUCACAGAACCAACCCAGCUUCUGGAUCAUGAGAGGCGUGGCGUUGCUAUGUCAACCAGAUGAGUAAUGGUGUUGUUAUGGCAAUCAUAGGAUUAGUAAUAGAGACUUAGAAUGUAAACUGGCAACUUGAUGGAUAUGUGCAUUUCUAGCACAUGGAUAUGUAUUUAUUUGUUUAUAAUUAAAAAAAAGUUAUGAAUUUUAUCUGAUAUUAAAAUAAUUAAAUUGUUAGUGUAUUUGAAAAAAUCUGAUUUGUGCUUGUAGUGUAGUAUAUUGACAUGUUUACUUCCUGUGUUGCUUGUGUGAAAUGUCACUUUCAGUUUAAUGAUACAGGCACAUAAGCUGAUAUUGAUAUUGUUUGAAACUCAGCUUUUUUUGUUUCAAAUUGAUUACUGUUUUACAGAAUUAACUGUACAGAUGAAAUUUAAUUUUCUAAUUCAUAACUAUUAUAACAUUAUUAUACCCCCACAAACAAAGUUUAGGGGGGUAUAUAGGAGUGAGCUUGUCUGUCUGUCGGUCUGUCGGUCGGUCCGUAUUAAGUGUCUGCUCUCUAAUUCAAGUAGUUUUCAUCCGAUCUUCACCAAACUUGGUCAGAAGUUGUAUCAACAUGAUGUCCAGGCCAAGUUCGAACAUGGGCCUUGCCGGGUCAAAAACAUGGUCACGGGGUCACUUAGUGCGUUUUAAACAUUCAGCAUGUUGUCCGCUCUCUAAUUCAAGUAGUUUUCAUCCGAUCUUCACCAAACUUGGUCAGAAGUUUUAUCUAGAUGAUCUGAAGGCCAAUUUCAAACAUGGGCCUUGCCGGGUCAAAAACUAGGUCACGGGGUCACUUAGUGCGUUUUAAACAUUCAGCAUGUUGUCAGCUCUCUUAUUCAAGUAGUUUUCAUCCGAUCUUCACCAAACUUGGUCAUAAGUUUUAUCUAGAUGAUCUUAAGGCCAAGUUCAAACAUGGGCCUUGCCGGGUCAAAAACUAGGUCACGGGGUCACUUAGUGCGUUUUUUAACAUUCAGCAUGGUUCCUCUCUCUUAUUCGAGUACUUUUCAUCCGAUCUUCACCAAACUUGGUCAAAAGUUUUAUCUAGAUGAUCUGAAGGCCAAGUUUGAACAUGGGCCAUGCCAGAUCAAAAACUAGGUCACAGGGUCACAUAGUAUGUUUUACACAUUGAGCAUGGUGUCCGCUCUCUAUUUCAAGUAAAUUAAAUCCGAUCUUCACCACACUUGGUCAGAAGUUGUAACUAGAUGAUGUGUAGGUCAAGUUCGAACAUGGGCCAUGCCGGGUCAAAAACUAGGUCGUGGGGUCACUUAGUGUGUUUUAAACCUCACCAUGUUGUCCGCUCUCUAAUUCAAGUAGUUUUUAUCCAAUCUUCACCAAAAUUGGUCAGAAGUUGUAUCUUGAUAAUGUCUAGGGCAAGUUUGAAUAUGGGUCAUGCUGGGUCAAAAACAAGGUCAAGGGGUCACUUAGUGCGUUUUAAACAUCACAAUGUUGUCUGCUCUCUAAUUCAAGUAGUUUUCAUCCAAUCUUCACCAAACUUGGUCAGAAGUUGUAUCUACAUGAUGUCUAGGUCAAGUUUGAAUAUGGGUCAUGCCGGGUCUAAAACUAGGUCACAGGGUAUCUAAAUGCGUUAUAAACCUCACCAUGUUGUCCGCUCUCUAAUUCAAGUAGUUUUCAUCCAAUCCUCACCAAACUUGGUCAAAAGUUUUAUCUAGGUUGAACAUGGGCCAUUCCGGGCCUAAAACUAGGUCACGGGGUCACUUAGUGUUUUUUUUUAACUUUCAGCAUGGUGUCCGCUCUCUAAUUCAAGUAGUUUACAUCCGAUCUUCACCAAACUUGGUCAGAAGUUUUAUGGAGAUGAUCUUAAGGCCAGGUUAGAACAUGGGCCUUUCUGGGUCAAAAACUAGGUCAAGGGGUCACUUAGUGCGUUUUAAAAAUUGAGCAUGGUGUCCGCUGUUUUUUGUGAAGACGACAUGCAAAAUAUUGUGUCAAUGCGGCAUAUGGGGAUAUUCGUCACGUCUGUGACAAACCUCUAGUGUUGUAACUGUUGUGUAGAACACUUGUGCUGUGAUAUUUAUAUAGUUUAUGUUUGGUUCAUCUUAUGUUUAUUUAUACAUUAAUCAUUUAGCAUAUUGGUGCGCUUGAACAAUUUUAACUUAUUUUCCUUACAAGUGUUCUUUUUUUUAUGCAAAUUAAACAAAAUGUAUUUACAAAAAAACUUUGCAAUUUAUUAUAAGAACCCUCCUGUUUGUGUGGCAAACAUUUUUUAAUUUCAGUUGUAAAUAUGAAGUGCUAGUUAUAACUUAUAACUAAACCAUAUGCCCUUUUUUAAGAUUAUUUGCUGCUAAUGAGACAAUCAGAUCAUAACAGGUCAUUACCAGAUAAGGACAGAAUGUUUUUUCCUCACUUAUGAGGACGUACAAGUUGUGCCAUGCAAAAAUGUGUCCUAUGCCAUUCGGGGCCAGCGUAGCUCCAGACCACCUUUCCCAAUUACAGUCUGGUCAGGAGCCACUCUGUCCUCUAUCACAGUCUGGUCAGGAGCCACUCUGUCCUCUAUCACAGUCUGGUCAGGAGCCACUCUGUCCUCUAUCACAGUCUGGUCAGGAGCCACUCUGUCCUCUAUCACAGUCUGGUCAGGAGCCACUCUAUCACAGUCUGGUCAGGAGCCACUCUGCCCUCUAUACAAGUUUUCAUGGGCUCAUUAGCAGACUGUAUAGUCCGGAGCUAGCUUUGCCACACCUUACAUUAGACCCAUUUUUUCAUGGCGUGGCUCAUACAUUUUGAAUCAGGGUCUUCAUGGCCAAGUAUUUUUUUGCAAGUAGAAGCAUUACUGUUAAACCAAAGCCUUAUAUAGCCAAAAUGUUUCACAGUUUUUCCCUGAAGUAACUUCCUUAAAUUAUUCUUAUUUCAUAUCUUGAUUGUUGAAGACAAAUGUUCCUGUAUUUUAUAUAAUUAGGUAUUGAUUAUAUAUGCAUACUGCUGGUUUGAAAACUGCUGUUGUAGUGAUUAAUUUGUCCGUGUUUGUUACUGCACUGAAUUGAUGUCAUUCUCAAUUCACAACCUCUUAAUGAUUUAACAUUAUAUUUGAUUUGUUAUUCUUUUACUUAUAAAACACGACUGCAUUUUUCACUGUUUGAACUGCAAUUAUCCGUCCAUAUUGUUGUGAUCUGUUUUAUUUCUAUUACCAAAGUAUUUAUUAUAUGUUGAUGGUAUUUAUAUGUUUCUUUAUCAGUCAGGGCUUUGGGAAAACCCAGGAUGAAUGCCUGUGCAUAUAGUACCUUUAAACAUUAGCCUGUGCAAUCUCCACACACGCUAAUCAAAGACCACACUUUCUGCACAGGGUUAUCUUGGUUGAUACUUUAGGCAAACGUAUUAACCCUUUUAGCGCUGGAAUCGAAUUUUAAAGGCCUUUGCAAACAGUUUGGAUCCUGAUCAGACGCCACAAAACGUGGCGUCUGAUCAGCAUCCGAACUGUUUGCUAUUCUGAUAGUGGUCUUUGGACAAAAGUGAAGAAAUGAAAUUCAACAGACACCAAUUCAGCAGACGACAAAUAUCCCAGCAUGCAAUGGGUUAAGCCUGGUUUUUCCCCAGAGCACGGCUCAGCAGAAAGCACAACAAUGCCUUUGGACUUUGUCUUCAAACACUGUGAUUUUGAAUUAUAUACAAAUACUGCUGAUUGUUUACCAUUCCAAAGUAUUUUUGUGAUAUUUAAUGCGAUUAUAGUUUUUAUAUACAUGUAACAAAAUUCUACAAUUAUUGCAAUUGUUAAAUGUUUGUUUGCUGGUUACUAUAUAUGUCUUUGUGUAAAAGUUUAAUUCACAAGAUGAUAUUUUAAUAGUGAAUGCUCCUUUUGAAAAUUAUACGAAAGCACUUUAGAUUUAAGUGUCAUUAUAACUAAGACCUAGCAAGCUUUGUUGGAAAACUCUAAGCAUAUUUUAUUUUUAAUUAUAUAAAUUUAUGUUUAAGUACUUUAAUGCUGUCAGUAUUGACAUUAUUUUUGCAUUUUGUUGACAAUUGUUUUUAGAAUAAAUUUUUGUUUUGAGA